UUCAUUUAUUGGCCUUUUUUGCUGUUUUGGGGAAUCAAAAACCAACACUGGAGUCUUCACUGCAGGUGUGAAGGUCACCUGAUAAAAAGGGGGCUACAGUCCUCAGAGGGGGUCAGGAUCUUCUCAGUCCAGAAUCUGGUGGACUUCAGCUGCUUCUUUUCCUGAGCUGGUCUAAGUUCAGUCCAGUAGAGGCCCUCAGAGAGGCAGCCAGCACAGAGUGUACUGUGGUCGUCUGUGGACACGAGUGUUUAAGACGGACUGUUCUGAGCGCGCUCCAUCUGCUGUGUGCAGGACUCCGUUUAUUUCAAUAAAGUGUCUAAAAAUUUAUUUCACACCAACAGAGUUUCUCCUCCACGUGAGGUGACGAUGAUACUGCUUUGAGUCAUCCGUGUGUGUGUGUGUGUGUGUGUGUGUGUGUGUGUGUGUGUGUGUGUGUGUGUGUGUAUUUUGUGUGUGGUAUGAAUGAAUCAGGGACACUCUUUCUUCCUCCUCUUCCCUCCUUCCUCCUCUUCUGUCGUGACGUUCUUUCAGGAGGAAACACCACAAACAGUCCUGAGAUAUUCUGAGAGACUUUACUCACUGUGUGUGUGUGUGUGUGUGUGUGUGUGUGUGUGUGUGUGUGUGUGUGUGUGUGUGUGUGUGUGAGAGAGAGAGAGAGAGGGAGAGAGAGAGAGUGAGUGUGUGAAUUUGUGUGUGACUCACAGGGAAAUACCUCUGCAGACAGAGGGAGGGAUUAAAUGGGCAGAGAGGUAUAAUUACAGAGCAGAGAGGGAGAGAAGAAUGACCCUCAGCUCAGUACGGCAAACCAUCAGGACCAGGACCAUCAGGACCAGGACCAUCAGAACCAAGACCAUCAGGACCAGGACCAUCAGGACCAGGACCAUCAGGACCAGGACCAUCAGGACCAGGACCUGAAGGAUCUGGGAUUUUUUCUUCCUGUUUGUGCAUCAAGACCUGCAGACCUGGCCUCUGCUGGACCUUCUCUAAACCUCUACCAGACCUGUGCAAAAACUCGUCUCACCGUCUUUUAAACUUUUGGAAAUAUCUUCUGAGCUCCUGUCCUCUCCACUGACAGCUUCAGAACAACAUGUCUUUGCUGUCAGCCGUGUUCUUCUCCAUGGUCAUCAGUCUGGUGAUCGAUGCUUCUCCAACUGUUUCUCCUGAUAUGGAGGUCGACACAAGGUCUCAGAUCCAGGAGAGGGUCCCGUCCUCAGAUUGUCCAUCAUGCUCUUUGUCUCAGGUGAGGAGGAACUCAUCAUCUCCAGAAGGACAGAGUGACAUGGUGGAGGCAGUGAAACAGCAUAUUCUCAACAUGCUGCAUCUGAACACUCGACCCAACUUGACACAGCCGGUUCCCCGCGCUGCGGUUCUCAAUGCCAUCAAAAAACUACACGUGGGCCAUGUAGCUGAAGAUGGAAGUGUGGAAAUCCAAGAUGGAAGCAAGAGUGCUGGGACGCCAACCCUCACUGAACCACCAUCUGAGAUCAUCACCUUUGCAGAGCCUGGUGAGUCCACCUUCCCUCCAGUAUGAAAUGUUUACGGUGACUUUAGAAGGACAGUCCGAGUCUCGGUCAGAAUGAAACAGUCGUGUCGUAAACUCUCCUUCACCGCUCAAACGUUCUCUAACCACUCUGAGAUCCACCAAGCUCCGAGGUCCUCAGUCUCUCUAAACCCGGCUUAGUCUCAGCAGAUGACGGUCAGUCUGGUUCUGCUCGGGGUUUCUGCCUGUUAAAAGAGGUUCUUCCUCUCUUCUGUAACCUGAUACAGAAUUUCACUCACCUGGUUGAAGAUCAGGAUGGGAGUGGGUCUGAUCUUAAGGUCUGAUCAUCAAGAUUAUUGAGGGUCUAAAAGUGACACAGAUGUUGACUGAGGUCUUUCUUCUUUAUCUUACAGGAGGAAUGUCCAGUAUUGUUAAAGGAGGGCAGGGUGAGGGUGAAUGUGUGGAUGUGGAGUGAAGGGGUGAAUACAGUGUUCAUGGGUUGGUGGGACAUACAGUCUUCAAGAGCCCAAAGAGAGAGACGUGGGUCGGUUUUAGUUUUCAGUUGUGGGAGCUGCGGUUGUGCGAACAGAAGUCAAAGUUAUCUGACGAUGUCUCAUCUCCACGACACGACGCUUUAUUUUGAAAUCUUCACAAAAAUCGGCCUUUUAUUGACAAACAUGUCAAAGUCUGUGCCCGGUCGCCCCUCUGCUUAUAUAAACGUACAGAAUGUCUUUGUGCUAAAAAUAGGUUUGUCUUUCAUAGGAGACUCUGAUUAAAAAUGUCCCUCAAAUUAGAGGACAGUGGGGUGGAGGACAUACCGAGGGGUCCCAGGCCGUAAAUAAUCCGUCCAUUCAGACAAAUCUGGGCCUCAGUAAUUAUUCUGCGAGAAGACAAAGGCUGUGUGUGUGUGUGUGUGUGUGUGUGUGUGUGUGUGUGUGUGUGUGUGUGUGUGUGUGUCAGACCCUCUAACAGCGUCCCCUUUUCUUUUUUUAGUGUCUCUGCUCACAUGAAUAUAUUUAGAGGCGGCGGCUUCAUUCAUGUCGUUCUGACUGAUGAUCAGAAACAGAAGCUUCAGAUUCUCGAUGACGAACUUUCAGAUCGAUGUUGAUUAUAAAACACACUCAGAAUUUGGGGGCGGAGCAUGACUCCCGUAAAUGUGCUCCUUCACUGACACGAACGUUUUUCUGUGCUGCAGGAGACGCUCCAAACUCGGUGACCUUUGACAUCUCCACGGACGAAGGCUCAUCAUUGGUUGAACAGGCCAACGUUUGGAUCUUCCUGAAGGUGUCGAAGGGAAACCGAGCGAAGGGCAAAGUGGUGCUGCGGCUGCUUCAUCGCCACAGUGAUGAUGAGAAUGGUGGCGUUGAGAAGGACAGUAUCUCAGAGAAGAUGGUUGACACUCGGCGAAGUGGCUGGCACGCCUUUGCCGUCUCUCACCAUGUUCAGACUCUGUUGGAUGGCGGCGGCAGCUUGUUUGACCUGCAGGUGUCUUGCCCGCUGUGUGCUGAGGGCGGGGCCUCACCCAUCCUGGUAACAGGAUUUGGGGGCGGGGAUCAGUCUCACCGACCUUUCCUCAUGGUGGUGCUUCGACCCCUGGAAGAGGUCACCCAGAGGCGGGUCAAACGGGGUCUGGAGUGCGAUGGGAAGACGAGACUCUGCUGCAAACAUCAGUUUUACGUGGACUUCAAAGACAUCGGCUGGAGUGACUGGAUCAUCGCUCCGUCUGGUUACCAUGCCAACUACUGUGAGGGUGACUGUCCAAAUCACAUGGCGAGCUUCAGUGGCUCGUCUCUGUCCUUCCACGCCACCGUCAUCAACCAUUAUCGCCUUAGGGGCCACAGUGCGUUUCAGAACACGCGGUCGUGUUGCGUGCCCACGAGGCUGCGCGCCAUGUCGAUGCUUUACUUUAACGAGGAGCAGAAGAUCAUCAAGAAAGACAUUCAGGACAUGAUCGUGGAGGAGUGUGGCUGCUCGUAACCAUGGAGACCUGUCCUGUCUUAUGCACAUGACCAUUUUUAAUGUUUAGUAACAAACAUGGCGUCCCUUACAGAUGGAGUCUCUUUCAAAGGAGUUUUGGUCCUUAAGGGCCACCGUAGCUUCUUCAGCAGGACAGGCGAGCGAGGGAGCGUUUCAGUCUGGACUCCAUGUGGUGGAUUCUCACCUCUGUUCCUUUCCUCUGAUUUCCUCUGUUAUUGUGAUGAACUGAGACUCAGAGGAGAUCCAUCGAUCGGUUCAUGACUGAAGGUCUGAAAUGUUUUUCUCAGUAUUUGACUGUGAAGUCAUUUUUACUGUUAAAUGUUGUUUAUUAUGAACUGUGACAGAAAUUUGAUUGAACUGAAACCAAAGACGACACUGAUGAUGGAGGUAAAGUUACUGCUGCUCUUAUCAUCGUUAUUAGUAGUAAAAACAUCGGCUCUAGUGUUACGACAGUUUUAUAAAAUACAUUAGCA